AUAAAUAUGAGAUGCACAAACUGCGCAAACUUUUCUCCAAAAAUGACGCAAAGACAACUGGCAUUCAGGAGCUCCCUCUUCUCUGAUGAUGACUGCUUCGACAUGUGGCAUGACUACAUGAACCUGAGCACACUGCUGGAGAAGCUGUGUGUUGGGCGUGAGGUAGACCACAGAGACACCGAGGGUCCCAAGAAACAGGAGACGGCACCUGGGGCCCACAUCUCUCGGCCCGAGGAUGACUCGACUCCACAGUCGAGUCUGACAGGGAGUUUGGCCAGCAGCCUGUCAGACUCCAGCUGCAGCGGGACGGACUACUGCCGCUUCUGCAAGCAGAACGGGGAAUCUGCAAGAGUGUACCGUUCACACAAGCUGAGAUCAGAAAAAGGGAAAGUCGUCUGCCCCAUCCUCUGGAGCUACACCUGUCCCAUCUGUGAGGCCACCGGUGACUACGCACACACACGCCGGCACUGCCCGCAGGCGCAGCGUCAGGAGGCUGCGAGAAAGAUGCCGUCCUGCUUCUGGUAG